CAGCAGCAACAGCAGCAGGAAGAUGGAGAUGAUGUAAGUAGUGGUGGUGGAGGUCGGGACUCCACACCCUCUUUGAAGCCAGAAGAAGGAGAUACGUCUGCUUCUUCAUCAAACUCUAGUGGGGGAGAAUCCCAGGGAACUGCACCACCCUCCAGCUUCUCUCCACAAAAUUUCCCUCAGUGGCAGUACUCUAGGGAAGACCUUCUGGCACUUAAGGAAGCUCCAUUGUCGGUAAAAUGGCCAGCUUGUUUGGAUCCUGCGUACAACAAAUCCCCAGGACGAUGGGACCCUGAAAGAUGGAUUAGAGCAGUGCAUGAUGAGAGGCGUCCGUCCAGCACGGCUUCCACAGGUACUACGAUGCCCAGUAAUAGACCUGAUCGUCCACCUGACUUAGAAUUGAAACGUAGCCGUGACCCUCGAGAAAGGGUAAAGCAAGAGGACCAGGAUGGGCUAGUGCUCUCUCCUCAACGUCGAAGUUUUAGCACUGGCUGUCAUGGUUUACAGCAAGCACCUUCUGCAACUAAACGUCCAGACUCUCCUACAGAACGUCCUCAAAGGGAGUCCCACAGAGAGAUACCAGCACGUAGGAUUGGUUCAGGUCGAAUUUCUCGCAGAGAUGACUUGGAAACUCCAGUUCCUAGUGAGCGUAGAGAAGCAACAAGACGAGAUAGGGAUGUUGAUAGAGACAGAGAGGUUGAUCAGCGUAGAGAUACCAGAGACUGGAGAUCCAAGCACGAUCAGUGCUUUGAUAACAGAUAUGAAAGCAGACGUCGCUUCUUUGAAGAAGAAGAAAACACUGACAAACGUUCUGAUCGGAGAGAGAGGGAUCGUCGUUAUCAAGAAAGGCGGCGCAUGUCUUCACGCAGUGAGGAAGAGGAACAACCUGAAUGGUUCACAGGAGGACCCACCAGCCAGAAUGAAUACAUUGAGCUAGUUGGCUUUGAUGACAUCCCAGAAGAAGGAAAUAUGUCUAAACCACAAAGUAAGAGAGAACGGCGCCGCUCAAAAAAGGAUAGAGAUGGUGGAGGGAGCAGAAAGGGUUCUCGGUGUAACACUCCAGUAAUUAUUGAAGAAGUAUCAAAUAAUAAAUCACAAAAACUGUUAACAGAAGAACAAGAAAUGCAGAAUGUUGGCGAUAUCCAUCUACAAACUCGGUCACCUUUUAUUGAAUCUGUAGACAAUGAGCAACCAAGCUUCAAUAUUGAUGAUUUCAUAGGAGACAUAAUUGGCUACAAUAGUGGCCCAGAUGAAGCAGUGGCAGCUAAUAAUACUGGUAAUGGUGGGGUUGGCUCAUCACGAUUAAAACAAUUUUUCUCAAAAAGAGAGAGCCCUGUUAUGGGAUCUACUGCAAAUUCCCGGCGAUCCUCCCUCGAUUUGCCACCUCAUAUCAACAACCUUUUGAGUGAAAUCACGGGUAGCGAACCAAACAUUGUGAUCCCUUCGCCCACGGCAGGCCUCGACUCCAACCGCUUCUUCGCACCAAUUUCUCCAGCAGACAAAACGGGUGGAAACUCCAUCGUGGAUCUCCUGCAGCAGGCUACAGGAGGAAUAGGUGUAUCUGAACCCAUGGGACCACCACCACCUGUUGGUCCUCCUGGCAUACCAGGGUCACAGCCUCCACCUUCUAUUAAGGAUCUCAUGAUGGAUGGUAAAGGACAAAGUUUAGAAGAUGUGGAAGCUGGGAUUCGGAGUAUGCGUCAGCCCAUACACAAUCACCUUGCCCACAUUGGGCACAAUCGCCACAGUAUAAACCAGUUUACAGCUUUUGAUGACUUCCUCUCAAAGGUUACUUCUACUCAGGGCAUCAGCAAACCAGAACCCAAGAACUCGCCCAAGGAUGUGUUAAUGAAGUUGUUGAGUGGUGGGAUGAAAGAUGGUGGAGGAGUGGUGAAACCAUCACCUCUGUCAAUUCAGCCAGCUCUGCCUAAUGCCCCGACUGAAAAUGAUCUCAUUACUAUGCUUAUGAAAGGUAGUGCUGGCAGUCAUGGACAUCAGCAACCCCGCAACAUGCUCCCUCCUGCUGUACCUAACCUCAACAUACCACCUCCAAGUAUGGUGGCCCAUUAUCAACCACCACCCAACAUGCCUCAGAUCCAAGGUCAAGGACCUUGUACUCAGGAUGUCAUAUUAAAAUUAAUACAAGCUCAGCAGCAACAGCAGCAGCAUCAACAGCAGCAGCAACAAAAGAGACAACAGCAACUCUUACAGCAGCAGCAGCAGCAGCAGCUUGAUCCUAUUAAGCAGCUGAUGGGAGGUCUUGGUCGCAUGAGUGUUACUCCUUCACCACAACCUCAAGACCAAGUUCUGCGUGAUGCUCUCUUACGUCCUGAUGUGCAGAAUCUGUUGCAGAGGGUAGCUAGUGGUCAUGUUACAGCUGGCCAGUUGCUAAACCAACUUAAGAGUGGGACAGUCACCCCUACUCAACGAGAUGCAAUUUCUACAGUCCUGAAAUUUCUUAAGGGACAGCAUUCACAACCUCUCAUUCCACACCGCACGACCCUCACUCCUUCUCCAACUCCUCAGGGAGUGGUAAGUGGAGGACUCUCUAUUGGGGGAAGUGCAUCCUUGUCACCCCGUGUGGCUUCUCCCAACCCAGAUGCUUCAAACAUGCUCAGCCCUCACAUUUUACAGCAGCAGUCUCGUCUUUCUCCACUUAUGUUUGCUGGUGGGUCAUUGGGCAAUAGUCUGAGUGUGAAUAAUGUUGGAGGAGGCCCCCGCAGACCCCCUUCACACCAAGAACUAGUCGCUCAUACCCAGAAUAUUAUGCAAAAGGCCUUGCUCAAACAAGAGUUGGAGAAAGCCAAAGAGAAACACCGCAAACGUGAGGCUGAAAGAGCGAGAUCUCCAAAUCCUAAUGUACCCAUAAGUGUCUCAGGUGGUUCCAUGCCAAUUUCAUCUAAUGUUAACAAGGAUGGUUCUCCAAGCAAGUCUGGUGUUAAAUCACAAUCUCCUUUGGCAUUUACACCAACGUCGGUGAUGAGGAAGAUGACUGCUGACCGUGACCGCCAUGAACGUUCUGAUAAGGCAGAGAGUCCAGUUGUUAGUGACCUGAUGAAAGAUGGAGAUAGAGCACGUGACCACAUGGACAACCCAGUGAGUGCAACUGUGCAGCUACAGAUUCCUCUGCAGUCACAGCAAGUUUUAGGUCGAGGGAAAGGCGACACCAAACGGGAUAUGCGCCGUGGUGCUUCUCCGUUGCCACCCAGUAGCUCCUCGUUGUCACCAGGUGGGCCAAUAAUGGGUGGAAAGGGGCCCAUGAUGAUGGGGUGUGGUAACCCAGGAAUGAUAAAUAUGGGCCAUCACAAUGUGGGUGCUCUUGGUCAGAGGCAUCCUUCAGCAUCUUUGCAGCCACCAAACCUGGGAAUAUCACGAGGAAAUCAGCAAAAUCUUAAUAACAUCAGAGGUAAGUGUCUAAACUCCAAAAGAAAGCCCACAAAAGGAUAUUUUAAAAUUCAGAUUCAACUGCAUUUCACAUGCAGCUUGCAGAAUGGACAGGAGUCAAACCCAUGGCAAACCAGUCCUAAAACUAACUCGUCAGUUGUAGGACUGUUUUGCCAUGGAUUUGAAUAUGGUGGCCUGCAAGUCCCUUUGUUGUCUAUGGGUGGUAAUUCACAUCGCAGCUCUCCUGUCAACCUAGCCCAGUUCUUUGGCAGAGAUAUUAUGUCACAGGUACAAGCAGGUGUGUUACCAGAGCUUCCUGGUGGGAAGGUGUUAAGCUUGGAGGAAGUAGAGAGGCUACAGCAAACUCAAGCAGUUCCCAACUGAGCCUGUGAUGACCAUGUAUAUGUAGAGGCUCAGCACAGCAUCAACUUCUAGCACUAAACUUCAUUUCCUGCUUUCGUAUCUCCCACCGCAUGACUCAAAGUUUGGACGAUGCUCCUCACAUACAUAUUUUUUUAUUACUUAUUGAAAACUUUUGUUUACUCCUGCAUAGGUACUUUCAUGCAGCCCAUGUCCCCACAUAAAAUGUAAAUAUUGUGUAGUUGUGGGUGGUUCAGUGAAGUGCAUGUUAUAGUCAGCAAAAUGCCAAGUUACUUUAAGUCUUGACGAGAAGUUUUGUUAACAAUAUUAAACAUUUUACUGCUAAAUGAGCAAAUAUUUAUGAGCUAGUAAGGAACUGCCUUACAGAAUCCUUUGUUGUCCCUGUACCUGCUUCUCUUUACAGUCUGAAAAAAAAAAAAAACAUUUGUUCACACCAGUGAUU